AUGGCCUUCCUCCUCAGCCGCACAACAACCACUCUCCUAGGCACCGGUCUCGGUGUCGGCCUCUCCCUCUCCCUCCACCCACUUUCCCCCUUCCGCGCAGCCCCAAUGCAAUGCCAAUACACCGCUCCCUACUACCGCCCCGAAUCCCAAAUCUCCCCGGACUCCGGCUGGGCCAUGGACUCCCAGGACCCGUUGCUGCGCAAACAAGGCACCACCCGGAACUCGAGUCAUACUGCAGGUGGCGGGAUCCUGACGGCCUCGAACAUGCGCCAGGUCAGUCUGGGCAGCGUGCUGGGGUUGGUUGUGGGUGUGGGGUUGAGGGCGUUUUCGAGAGUGUUGGUGGUGCUCUUGGGGAUGGGGAUUGUUGCUGUUGAGGUGGGUUGA